UCGAAGGUUCCCCCCAGCAAACACAGGCACACAUUAAACACACACAAUCUUCCUUUGACAUAUCACAGCGUUCCGAGAGCCCCAGCGGCGGCAUAGAUGCCUGCAGCAGCGGCGCGAGGGGAACGGACUGACGCACAGCAGGAACGGCGCACGCCGUCCACAGUCGCUCCACAUACGGAUAUACGCGCGCGGCUUACGGGGCCGGACGGGAGCUCGAGCCCCGGAAGGAUCACUUGUACGGGCUUAUCCGAUGCAUGAGACGGCGGCUGGGGCACGCGGUCUGUCGGUCGGUGUCGGGAUCACGCUGUGAUUAACGGAUUUUUUUUUUGAACCCUAACCCUAACCCUGCCGGGACAGAUGAAUACAAAUGAAUUUAGCGACCCGAAGGAGAGAUUGCAGAACCUCUCGACUCGACCCAAAGAGAGCAUUACUCCUCUGUACUCUUCUCUACUGUAGUUGUCACCUGGGACUUGCUCAAGUACUCUCUGAAGAUGUGGACGUGCUACAGAGACUGGGCUUGCGUGGAGGUCAGGGGUCACGUUCCGUUCCUCCAGGGGUCAUCUCCGUGCCGACGGGGGUCAUCCUUACAUCACGGGCUCGCCUGGCAGCACCCUUCCUCUCCCUCCUCCCCUCCUCCAGCAAACACACACCAGCCCCGACACACAUGGACUUGGCAGUGCUCGUGAGCCUGCGCCUGCACCGUCGAAACUCUGCCUUCCUCUUCUCUAUCCACUCUGGCUCCCGCUUGCAGCUGGGCGUGGAGCUGUCGCCCGGCCAGCUGACCGUCCAAGCUGGCGCGCCCUCGCAGACUCAGCCCGGCGCGUCGGCCAACGCGGUCAGCUUCCCGGUGGACCUUCACGACGGGCGCUCGCACUCCCUGGCGCUGUCCGUGAGUGGCCGGCGGGUGACGCUGCAGGCUGGCUGCAGCCAGAGGACUCAGACGCUACUGUUCCCGGCCGAGCCUGCGCCCCUGGACCCCCGCGGGAGCUUCCAGCUCGGCCGUGGUGGUGCCCGGCUCUCGGGUGUGGCCUUGGAAGGGGAGCUGUGUCAGCUGGACCUGGUGAACUGGGAACGGGCGACUGAUGGUGGAUUCUGCAGCAUCAUGCGCCCCGAGUGCAAAGAGGACCCCGGCCAUUCAAACCACACCCACUCCCUGCUCCGUCAGCCCCUUGAGCGUGAGCCGUUGCCAUGGAAAGCCCCGCAAGUCACAAGAACCCUCGCCGCCACUUUGGUGUCACCAUCGCCCCAUGGACCCACGCAGCGUACUCAGACCGUAGCUCAAACACGGACUCAAACGCCCCAGACACCCAGACCAACUGACAGGAAGGCCUCCCCCAAACCCACCCUGAGAGUCAAGCCCAGCUCUGCUAAGCCAACCGCCCCAAAAUCAACACCCCCCAAGACCUCCAGGAAACCCCUUCCCACUAAACCAGCUGCCACCAAGACCACCUCCAAAAGGCCAACCCCUCCAAAGCCCACCUUAAAGCGACCCACAGCCGCAAAGCCUACUGCCAAAAAGCCCACCACUCAAGCCCUGCCUGCCCUUAAGCCAACCCCUAAGAAAGCUCCAGUGAGGAAGCCCACUGCCUCCACCCCCCCUCCCAAAGCCACCAAGGAGGCAGGGCCCACCUCGCGUACCCCUUCCAGAAAGAGCCAACGCAUGGCUGUGACCCCGUCUACACCCAGAGUCACCUUGGAAUCCACCCCUACCUUGGCCAUGGACCAGUUUGUCACCUACAACCCUGACCUCUCAGAGGUUCUCCUGCUGCCUGGACCCCCAGGGCUGAAGGGAGAGCCUGGAUUUCCGGGGUCUCCGGGGCCACCGGGGAAGCCAGGCCCUUCAGGGAAGCAAGGACCAAGGGGGCCUCCUGGACCUCACGGCAAACCGGGACGACCAGGUCCCCCAGGGCUAAAGGGUCACAAAGGAGACCCAGGACUUUCUCCAGGAAAAGCACCUAAUGGAGACAAAGGAGACCCGGGCAUUAUGGGGCCUGUGGGGUUGCCUGGUCAGCUCGGGCGUAAGGGGCAGAAAGGCCAUCCAGGUCCAGUGGGCCUCCCAGGAGAGCAAGGUUUACAGGGUCCGGAUGGAUUGCCUGGGGCCAAAGGUUAUCCUGGCAGGCAGGGUUUGCCUGGGCCUAUAGGACCUCCUGGACCAAAAGGCGCACGGGGUUUUAUUGGGAUCCCAGGGCUAUUUGGUUUACCUGGAGCCGAUGGAGAGCGAGGCAUUCCUGGACCACCGGGGAAGAGAGGGACGAUGGGUAGGCCGGGGUUUCCUGGUGAUUUCGGUGAGAGAGGACCACCAGGAACUGACGGGGAGCCAGGCACGCUGGGACCUCCAGGGCCUCCUGGUGUUCGUGGAUUAGUUGGUGAUAUGGGGCCUGCAGGUCCUAUGGGGUUGACGGGACCCAUUGGCUUGAAGGGGGUGUCGGGAAACGUUGGCCCUAUCGGACUGAAAGGUGAUAAGGGGGAUGUUGGCCUUCCUGGCAAGCAAGGAGAGAUUGGGUUCCCUGGAGACAAGGGUAUUCAAGGUGUGCCAGGGUUGCCUGGUCCACGAGGGAAACCAGGCCUUCAGGGUAGACCAGGCGAUAGAGGUCCUGAUGGGUCACCUGGUCCCCAAGGGCCAGAGGGUUUUCCUGGAGACAUUGGACCUCCCGGACACAACGGCCUUGAGGGUCCAAAGGGAAAGCUUGGUGCAAGGGGAUUACCUGGGCCGAAAGGAGGUGCUGGGCUGCUGGGCGAUGAGGGGCCAAUAGGCCCACCCGGACCACCAGGACAUGAGGGGCUUAUGGGCAGAAAGGGUUUCUCUGGGAAAACUGGGCCUGAAGGAGACAAGGGUGAAAUAGGAAUCACAGGAAAGGUUGGACCCAUGGGUGAAAAGGGCCUGCUGGGGUUCAUCGGACCGAUUGGUGAGACAGGCCUAGCGGGAGAGAAGGGGGAUCGUGGUGAGAUGGGGGUGCCAGGACCACCAGGAGAGAAAGGAUCCACAGGUCACCCAGGACCUCCGGGGGAGGCGGGGCCUACGGGACCCCAAGGGAUGCCAGGUAUCGCCGGCUCUCGAGGACCAAUCGGUAACAGAGGACCUAAAGGCAGACGGGGUCCUAGGGGGCCUGACGGGCUGGUCGGGGAGCGUGGUGGCGAGGGAAAGAAGGGCCUUGAUGGACCACCAGGGAAGAUUGGUUUCCCAGGCAAUGAUGGCAAGCUUGGGGAGCCUGGAGAAAGGGGGCUUAAGGGUUUUCCGGGUACACCAGGCCCCUCUGGCCCACCGGGAGAUAAGGGGAUUGCAGGAGAACCGGGGCCUUCAGGUGUACCGGGAACUGUUGGGCCUCUUGGGGACAUGGGGCUGAAGGGUCCUCCUGGUAAAGUUGGGGAUUCAGGACUAUCAGGCGAACCAGGAGAGAAGGGGUCUCUCGGACCACCAGGAAAUGCUGGAGAGGCCGGCAUGCUUGGCCCCAGGGGAGAGCCAGGACUAGAGGGAGAAGCUGGGCAUGCUGGGCCUGAUGGACUCAAGGGGGAGAAGGGCGAUAUGGGUCCAGAGGGGCCACAGGGGGAGAGAGGCGAGCCUGGACUCAAGGGGAAGGAAGGACCACCCGGAGACCCUGGACUUACAGGCGUUAGAGGCCCUGAAGGCAAACCUGGGAAGAUGGGUGAUCGUGGCAAACCAGGCCCCAAGGGGACUAAAGGACACCAAGGCCAUCUGGGUGAAACAGGACCAAUGGGGAAAAUCGGAGCAAAUGGCGCUGUCGGCCCAAAAGGAUCAAGAGGAACCAUCGGACAUGUGGGUGCACCAGGGCGAAUGGGCCAGCAGGGGGAGCCAGGCAUACCAGGCUAUGAGGGUCAUCAAGGUCCAAUAGGCCCACUUGGACCUCCAGGACCCAAAGGUGAAAAGGGGGAGCAGGGGGAUGAUGGGAAGGUUGAGGGGCCUCCUGGUCCUCCCGGACUCAGAGGCCGAAUUGGAGACAGAGGUGAUAGAGGGGAGUCUGGUGAUCCUGGAUACAAAGGUCAACCAGGUGUAGAUGGAGAAAGAGGCAGAGCUGGUGCUCCUGGAUUACCUGGCCACCCUGGACCUCGUGGACUACAAGGGCCUAAAGGAUCUAAAGGAGAUUUGGGUCAAAAAGGCAAGCAAGGUCCAACAGGAGAUAGAGGAAGCCGGGGAUCACCGGGUGUGGUGGGUUUGCCUGGGCCUCGCGGUGUGGUGGGCCGUGAGGGGCUGGAGGGCCCUCCAGGUGAAGAUGGACACCCAGGGAAGGAUGGGACGAAAGGCAUACCAGGGGACCAAGGCGAUGAUGGGGCAUUUGGGCCUCCUGGCAAAGCUGGUGGCCGUGGUAAAGGGGGCGUGGUGGGCUUACCUGGAGACCAGGGUGCUUUCGGACCAAAGGGUGAGCGUGGUCUAGCAGGGCAUGCUGGCCCAGCCGGGAAGAGAGGCCAUAAGGGAGGGAUGGGUCUGCCCGGAGCACAGGGCAGCAGAGGAGUCAAGGGUCAGCCUGGGGAUGUUGGAGAAUCCGGAUUCCCAGGGAUCCUUGGAAUGUUUGGACCCCAGGGACCUCCUGGGGACAUGGGUCCAAAGGGCGUCCGAGGACCUAAAGGGCCACAGGGCAGCGUGGGGAGAAUUGGGGCGAUGGGUCCUAUGGGAGCUAUAGGCCCAAUUGGUCAUCCUGGUAUAAAAGGAGAUAAGGGAAACACAGGGGAAAAUGGUGUGCGAGGACCACGGGGUGCAGCCGGGCCUCGUGGACCACCUGGACCUCCAGGUCCUCCUAGUGUGCCCCCAUCUUUUAAGCAGAAUGACAUUGCAGCUCUGCAGGUGUUCAUCGAUUCACACACUCCUCAUAAGAGAGAGACAGGAGUGAUGUUGGAUGAGGCGGUGGGUCUGCUGGAAACCCUGCACGACCUUCUGUCCGCCGUGCACAGCCUGCAGAACCCAGAGGGCAGCCAGCGCAACCCGGCGCGCCUCUGCAGAGAUCUACACCACUGCCAACACUCACACACUCACGGCACUUACUGGAUCGAUCCAAACUUGGGCUGCUCCUCCGACUCCAUACAGGUUACAUGCAAGAACGGACACACUUGCCUCAAACCAAUCACAGCAGCCAAGUUGGAGAUAAAUGUGGGGCGUGUCCAGCUGAACUUCCUCCAACUGCUGAGUCUGGGAGCGGAGCAGAGUCUGACGGUCCACUGCUUCAACAUCAGUGUGUGGAGCCCUGCCCAUGGACUCCCACCUUCCCAGAGGGCCGUGCGCUUCAGAGGGUGGGGAGGGACGAUGCUCGAGCCCGCUGUGCUGGAGGACACCUGCUGGCAGAGGGAUGGGCAGUGGCAUCAAGUGCGUUUCCUGUUCCGAGUGACAGAUCCCGCCCUGCUACCCAUCACUCACAUCGCCAAUCUGCCGGAGGCCACGCCUGCCUCCCGAUACCACCUGGAGGUUGGACCUGUGUGCUUCCUCUAGGCACGUGUGUGUUUUUGGGUUUGUUUGUGUAUCUGUGUGUGUGUGUGCGUGUGCUGCAGUGGUGGACACCCUCCCCGCACCCCACCAAAGGAGCAAGAGGCAAAGAUGACCUCCACUGUACACACCACCAGAAACACAUCAUCCUAUUGGACCAGUCUCCUCCUCGCCCUCUAAGUACUCAGCCUCUCAUUGGACUGCAGAACCAGGAAAUGUUGUUCUGGGGGCAUGAUGGGAGGGGACGGUCACAUAACCAACUCAGGGGAAUUGGGGAGGGGCUUUACUAAAGACUCAUGAGAGGAAAUGGCGCCGACCAGCGCUAGAUGCCCAAUCAGAGAGCACUUCCAUAGCAGCCAGCCAAUCACCUCUCUGGGCACAGACGCUCUGGAGAAAGGUUUGGUGAGCUCAAUUUGCAUAAGCCAGACCACCCAGUGCUUUUGGGGUGGGGUCAAAACAAAAUUACACUCCGCCCAGCUGGCCGUGUGCUGACGCAUGCAAACCAAGUUCUUCCACUGCCGAGCUCUCCCUCCCUCUCUCUUUCUCUCUCUCUUCUCUCUAUCUCAUUCUGUCUCCCUUCAUCUCUUUUCUCUCUCUCUCUCUAUUUCUCUGCCUUUCUCUCACUGUCUCUAUCUGAUUUUAUUGUAAUAACUUAUUAUAACCCGCCGGUGAAAAGAAGAAGAAUCACAGAAACUGCACACAGGCAUGUCCUGCUCCCUGUCAUUCAGUAAUGGUGUGUGUUAAGAGGUUUAAACCCUGAAGUGCAAUAGAAAAACCAGAGGAGACGUUUAUAUGUGCUUGUAUUUAAAGUGGAAGGCCUUACAUGAGUGUACCAGGUGCUGUCAUUACAAGGGUGUGCUCCGUUCUUAUGCCAGUUACUCCUCCCUCACCUUAGUACCUGCCCAGAAUUGAAGAAGAGAGUGUGUUACUAUGUGUGUGUAUAUGUGUGUGUCUGUGCAUGAGUGUGUGUGUGUUUGUUUGUGUGCACGCACAGCAGAUAUAUGCUUGCCUGUGUCCCUGUCAGAUAUGUGUGGUGUUUAUGUUUGUACCACGCCAGAGUGUGUGUUUGCCAUCUUCAACAGCGGCAAAAGCUAUUCCUGCUGGGAGCGAAUUGAGAAUGGGAUAGUGUGACAGAAAUGAGACAAGACAAUGAAAACAAUUAUAUUCUCCGAACCAUGAGCUAAGAGUCAAGAACUGUUUUUGUGUAGAUCAGAGUGAAAUUGUCAACAAACAUCGCAAAACAUGAUUUUUGAAAGUUCUGCAAGAUGCAAGAUGGUCAUUUUGCAAAGAAUAGAACUACAUAUUUGAAAACCAAAUCAGUGCAAACCUGCAAUGGUUCCAUUACAGGUUAAUUUUCAGGCUGCUAGUCUGACCAAAAAUCUGCCCCUCAGUGUACACACAUGCAUGUAGACUGCAUAUGUGGUUCAAACCUCAAGUCACUCACCACAACUUCAGUGUAAAGGGGUAAGGCUGAAAGGUUUCAGCCAGCAGCGACACUCAUGGACAUGAUGGAAGUCAGUCAACAACGGUCUUUCAUACCAAAUUUAAGUAUUGUGUGUUGAUUUUUAACCUAUCAAACCACCAGUCCACAUUCUAUCUAUGCAUAAAAAAGUACAAAGUAAAAUGACAAAGUAAUUAAAUAUACAGAUAUUUUAACUAAAAUAAUAUAUUUUGUUGUUAAUGGUCAUUGUUCUAAGUAGGGCUAUGGUAACUGCACUCAACUACACACACACACACACACACACACACACACACACGUAACACAUACACACAUUUGCACCCAUUUAUGUGCAGUAUGGCCAGAUAUUCCCUUUCCCAGCCCCUUGUAAUCAAAACCUCUUCGGCAUAGCUGAGCCGUGGGAGGGGAAGGGGAGCCCAGAUGUGCAUGUCUGUCUUAGAGGGAAGAGUCUCUCAGUGGUGCUAAAGACGUGCUACUAUGGUGUUCAGAUAGCCCUCCCUACCCCUCUGUGGUGGAGAUGCAGCCCUGGGCCUGUGCAUGCAUCAGGCUAGUCCCAGUAUCAGGCCCCACACCAGCCACAGGCCCUGCCUGUCUCCUCUCCCUGGCAAGAGGAUGAUGGCUAUUACCAUGGUAGCUAAACGAUUUCCCCCGUAUUUGUCCAGAUAGUCAAUAUUUCGAUGCGAUCUUAAAAGGAUCUGUAGUCUUUUGGCUGCCAUAAAAACCUACAACGGUCUGUGCCUCGCGUAAGGGAAUAUUUUUAUAUAAACUAAAAAAUAGUAGAUUUUUUAUGUUGGUUACACAUAUUUAAUGCAUCCAGAGGUUUCUUACUGUUUUUUUUAUCAGUCUGUUCCAUUGUUCUUUAUUCUGUACAAACUCCCCCUUCAGCUGGAAGUAUUAUCUAAAACAAUAAUAUUAUUAAUAAUUAUUAAAAAGAUACAGUGAAGACUUUAGUGAAGUUUUAUAAAAGCACCUCUUUGUUGGAAAAUGUUUUUUUUUUUUUUCAGACACAAAUGUGUAUAAUUCUGCAAGCCUUGUUGUAUACAGUGGAUCCCUUUGUGCUAAUUUAAUGUUAUUUAAUGUCGUUUAAACGUGGUCAAGAGCUGACUGAGGCUCAGCAGAAAUUCUCUCCUGGUGACUUUAUGAGUCAGUCUGCCCAACUGGUCUUGGAGAUAGAUUUCUACUUUAUGUGUAAAUUUGGGGCUCCAGAGAAUAAAUAUAUUGUGUUUUUUGCUUGUUUUUUAUUUCUAUGUUUGUUUUGUCAAUUCUAUUUUUUAAUGUUUUGUUUAUUUUUCUCUAUGGUAAUCAAAAUCUGUACUGUAUUGGAACUGUGUUGUAUGAUUUUUUUUUUCCAUUGGAGAUCAGGAUCAUAUGUGAAAGUUGAUCUAUUUCAGGCAUUUCAAAAUGAGCUCAGAUUACCUCACAUUUUACAUUCAAGUCUUCAGCUCUGUCUCAUUCACAUUCGCUCCCACUGGCCUGUUUGUAAACAUCAGUCUGAGCUCGGAGCAGUUCAAGAGAGAUCUCAGAGUUGUGAGAGAUCCAGGGAACGGUGACAGAUUCCUAUGUCUGACAAAUAGCUGUGGUGUAAGAUCUGAAGAAAGGUAUCAUUUUGAUGGCAUAAGACAAGUCUAAUCUGAAUCAAACAUUUCCAAGUCUAAGAGAUCUUUGAUGUAUGAAAUUGCUGAGUCAGGACUGUUUGGAUCUGUGAGAGAUGUCCAAACCUCGGAGAUCUCUCUGAGUGCUUUUGUUUGGCUGCUGCUGGCAUGUAAACACCUUGCUGAUCCAGCUUCAUUCUCCUAGAGUUCAGCGUUCACAUGUUCCCCUCAAUAUGUGACAGCCAGAAUGCAAUAAACGCUUACAUACCCAAUAAACUCUUUUUACACGCUG